AAAGAGCGAGCGAGAGAGAGUGUGUGAAAGAGAGGCGCAGAGAGAGAGAGAGAGACACAGCCUGCCCUUCGCCUCUGAGCAGAGGCAGAUCGAGUCCCCGCAGCAUUGAACGUAGUCGAGGUAUCGAGACUGUCACCGGUAUCUCUUAAUUACAGUCAAUUGUGAAACGGAAACUUUGCAGAAAAAAGAUAAACGAAUGAGACAAUCUUUUUACGCACGGUUGUGUUUUGGAAAUCCGUACCAGGAGGAGAGAAAAAACUUUUUUUCUACUAUUAGUUUUUCGUUGCAUAAUCUUGGAGGAGCUCUCCAAAACAACGACACAUCCACGGCGACCAAAAUAAGACUCUUGGAGGACGAAAUUUAGAGAAAGAACGAACGAGUAAUAUUAACAUUAUUUUUUGGUUAUCGCGCCACAGCCCAUAGCGGAAGAGGUAAACGAGGGCGCAGGCGACAUUCGAUUGUAUGGCGCGUGCGACAUCUCCUCUCCAGCAAAACUACGGCGCGUGGCCAUACACAGGGCUAGGUAAUAAUAUAUGCGCCAACAACUAGAGAAUUGGGUGUUCAUCUUUCCAUAUUGUAGCAGCUACAGUUACAGUAUAUAAGACAGUGUCUUUAGAUUUCCUGGAGAAGCAACACUGGGCUUCAACUCCAAUCGAAGAGGCGGAGUCUUAACUUAUUAAAAGGAACUUGCCGAGACUCGGACGCCUGCAAACAUGAUGAUGAUGUCUCUGAACAGCAAGCAGGCAUUCGCCAUGGCCCACGCCAGCUUGCCCGAGCCCAAGUAUUCCUUGCAUUCCUCCUCGUCCUCCACGUUGACUUCGAAUGCGCCCUCCUCGUGCUCGUCUUCCCGACACAGUAGCACCAUCAUCAGCAGCGGCGGAGGCAAUUCGGAGGCGAUGCGCCGAGGAUGUCUCCCAACCCCACCGAGCAAUAUAUUCGGAGGCUUGGAUGAGAGUUUGUUGGCCCGCGCUGAAGCUCUGGCGGCGGUGGAUAUUGUCUCGCAGACCAAGAGCCACCACCAUCCUCCACACCACAGUCCCUUCAAGCCGGACGCGACCUACCACACCAUGAACACUCUCCCCUGCACCUCCUCGUCGUCUUCUUCCUCGGUGCCUAUUUCUCACCCUUCAGCCCUUUCCGGCCACGGUCACCACCACCAUCAUCACCAUCACCACCACCACCAACCCCACCAGGCGCUGGAGGGCGACCUGCUGGACCACAUCACCCCAGGACUGGCUCUCGGGUCCAUGGCAGGGCCAGACGGCUCCGCAACUGCGCACCCUGCUCACAUGGCGGGCAUGAACCACAUGCACCAGGCAGCCCUCAACAUGGCUCAUGCCCACGGGCUACCAUCCCACAUGGGCUGCAUGAGCGACGUGGACGCCGAUCCCAGGGACUUAGAAGCCUUCGCUGAGAGGUUUAAACAGAGACGGAUCAAACUCGGCGUGACCCAGGCGGAUGUAGGGGGAGCCUUGGCCAACCUGAAGAUUCCUGGCGUGGGCUCCCUCAGCCAGAGUACCAUCUGCCGAUUCGAGUCCCUCACCCUCUCCCACAACAACAUGAUAGCUUUGAAGCCCAUUCUUCAGGCAUGGCUGGAAGAAGCCGAGAAAUCACACCGGGAGAAACUCAACAAACCCGAGCUAUAUAACGGCGGAGAGAAGAAGCGGAAGCGCACGUCGAUAGCAGCACCGGAAAAGCGAUCACUGGAAGCUUACUUUGCCAUUCAGCCGCGUCCUUCCUCAGAGAAAAUCGCUGCUAUAGCAGAGAAACUGGACCUGAAAAAGAACGUCGUGCGGGUCUGGUUUUGCAACCAACGGCAGAAACAGAAACGAAUGAAAUAUUCCGCAUGCGUCUGACUCUGAACACUCGCUCAAAAAAAAAAAAAAAAAAACUAUCAACCUACGUUGAGAGACUGAACACUGUUUAGAGACGAUUUGUAUUAUAUUUCUUAUCACACACUUUUUCAAUCAUCAAUGACUUGUGCUUUGAACAACCCGAAUAAUUAAUAUACAUUCGAAAUGACUGAAAGCUCAAACCACUACUGCUGUCACGUCUUAUUCGCAACAGAAGGGAUGUGGAGUCAUGUACAGGAGCAUUUGAACAGAGCAAGUAAGACCUCUGUUUUUUCUCCACUUAGACCUACUAUUCUUCACCCUUUUAUGUCAGUUAAGUAUUAUAGGCUUUAAUCACACCUAUUUUUUUGGUUUAUGAUAUUGGUUAAUUUAUCAUAGCCUACAAUGGUGAACGUAGUGAAAAGAACAGUUAUUUACCAUGGGAAGAUAGGCCUACAGUAUUUUGACACAGCACUUGGUCGGUGCCUAUUGGCCUAGUAUUGGUGUGUUUAUAUUUUUGUCGUAAGGCUACGUUUUCCCUCUGAGUUUAUUAUUAUGACGAUGCAGUCUGGCAUUAAUUCCGGGUCCAUGAGGGGAAAUAGGGCAGUACAGUAAGCGCUUGCUGGGUCUUGGAAGCUAUUAUUAGAGUACUGCCAAACAACGCCGUGUAAAUGAUUAAUUUAGCGGUCACAUGACCUUCAUUUUGUGCCCCAUGUAAUUAAUUCCACCUAUUUCGUUUUAAAGUGUGAUGAAAAGCUGAAAGAUGAAGAAACAUGGUAAGAUAUUAAAGCAAAGACCCAGAGUUUAGGCCCUAAUCGAGCAACACUGUUUAUACACUAUAGCUGGUCUAGGUUUUUUUUAUUUAUUGCAUAAACAUCUAUCUGGCUGUAGAUGGGCCUAUAGAAAUAGUGGAUCAAAUGUAUGCAUUUGAUUGGGGUUUACAAUUGCCAAAUAUGAUUGUUUUACUACCGUUUGCAAUAGGGCUACGUUUGUUUUUGCCAGCCAACGUGGGUCUGUUUCUUAUGAACUAUUUAUUAGAUGAGGCCAUGUUUACAUCAUUAUAUAUUUAUUGGGAUUCCCCCUCCUCUUCCUCCUCCCUCGUUUUGCUUGAGAAAAGCUAAUUCUGACAGCAAGUGAAACGUGUUUUCGUAUAGGGAAAUGACAGCUAAAUCUAGACCGAUAGUCACGAAUUUAAUUUCGUUUCUGCUAAACGUUCGAGAUGGUACAAUCGAGAGAUAUAUGCGAUAAUAUUCUCCUUUUAAAUUAUUUUUAUGUAUGGUUUUCCCCCUGGUUAUUUAUUUGUAUAAAUAUGCGCAUCAUUAUGAAGUCGUUGCUUGUUAAAUUCACCUUGUUUCGUAAUGUUUUCUUAUUGAGAAAAUAACCGUUUCAUGGAAGUAUACGUGUAAAAUGUAAAUAUUUCAUUGGAACCCGUCGCACAUAAUUAUAUCCGUACAGGUUUUGCUGUAUUGCUGUUUUAGCUGAGGUACCUUCUUUCUGUAAUGUCUGUUGCUUUUGGAUUCCUGGUCGAAUUAUUUUUGUAUUUAUUUGUUACAUUAAUGUAUCUUUAAGUUAUUUAAUAAUUGAAUUGCAAUAUGUGUUUCAUUAAAGAACAAAUUUUAACAUUUUA